AUGGAAACCAAUUAUAUGACUUUAACACGUUUUGUAUUAACUGAGCAGAAAAAACACCCCGAAGCCACUGGCAUUUUGUCGCAAUUAUUAAAUGCGAUUCUUACAUCUAUCAAGGCCGUUUCUGCUUCUGUCAGAAGGGCAGGACUCCAAGACUUAUUUGGUGUUGCUGGUGGCAGCAAUGUGUCGGGAGAUGAAGUCAAGAAACUUGAUGUCUUGUCUAAUGAUUUAUUUAUCAACAUGCUCAAGUCAUCUUUUACGACCGUAUUGCUGGUGUCUGAAGAGAAUGAAAAAGCCAUUGAAGUUGAAGUAGAGAAUCAGGGCAAAUACAUUGUCUGUUUUGAUCCAUUAGAUGGGUCUUCCAAUAUUGACUGUCUCGUGUCCAUUGGUUCAAUUUUUGGCAUCUAUCGCAAGGUUUCAGAUGGGCCUCCCUCUGAGAAAGAUGCUUUUCAGCCUGGGCGUAACAUGGUAGCUGCAGGCUAUGCUCUUUAUGGCAGUGCUACAAUGGUGGUUCUUAGCACAGGAAAUGGUGUCAAUGGCUUCAUGCUUGAUCCAUCAAUUGGAGAGUUCAUUCUUACAGAAAAGAAUAUGACGAUCAAACCACGAGGAAAAAUCUAUUCACUAAAUGAAGGUUAUGAACAGUACUGGGAUGAACCCACCAAAGCCUAUGUAAAAAGCAAGAAAUUUCCAAAGGAGGGAAAACCUUAUGGCGCUCGUUAUAUUGGCUCAAUGGUUGCUGAUGUACAUAGAACGAUUUGCUAUGGAGGAAUUUUCAUGUAUCCAGCAACAUCACAGUCUCCAAAAGGAAAGCUACGGUUGCUCUAUGAGUGCAACCCUAUGGCCUUCAUUGUAGAACAUGCUGGCGGCUUGGCAACUAACGGUCACAUGCCUAUUCUUGACAUUGUACCAACAGCUAUUCACCAAAGGACACCCAUUUUCCUCGGUUCCAAGGAAGAUGUUCAAGAAAUCAUUGAUAUUUACAAAAAUCAAUAA